AUGUUGACGUUUACAAUAACUACCAUCAUAGUAGUGAUUGUUUGGCAUCAAGUCGGGAUACAGGCGUUUAGUAAUGUACCUGAAGAGGAAAAAACUCGUGACAAACGGAUUCUGUUAAAUGAUCCGUCCUUGCUUGAACAGAGACUUCAGCAGAUGGAUCACACAAUCCAAGGUAUGACGUCAGAAAUCCAGAGUAUUACGUCAGAACUCCAUCAAACCACGCAAAACCUUCGAGAUGUGACAAGCAAACUUCACCAAGCAGAGGCGGCCAUCAGUAAACUGACGUCAUCCAUUACAGGAAAAUUUACGUACGUGAGGUGGGGCAAACACGGAUGUGGAGCCAAUGCAACCUUGAUAUAUACAGGUCAAGUAGGUGGUUCCGCUUAUUCCAAAUCAGGGGGCGCUGCUAACCCACUUUGUCUUGUGCAUGACGUCACCUGGGUAUCUAACAAACCGGAAGGUUUCAUGGCUGAUAUAAGAGGUGCAGAGUAUCAGGACCACUUCUGGGGAACCGGAAGUUUAGACAAGGACGUGCCAUGCGCCGUGUGUUCGCCCAUUAAUGGAGCUACAUUAGAGCAAAAAGUCCAGAGUAUGAAAACCGAACUUAGCCAAGCCGAACAGCGCCUUCAACAGUUAGAGCAAAAAGUCCAGAGUAUGACAACCGAACUUAGCCAAGCCGAACAGCGCCUCCAACAGUUGGAGCAAAAAGUCCAGAGUAUGACAACCGAACUUAACCAAGCCAAACAGCGCCUCCUACAGUUAGAGCAAAAAGUCCAGAGUAUGACAAGCAAACUUUACCAAGCCGAGGCUUCUAUUAGUAAACUGACACACUCUAGAAAAG